GAAACCAAUAGCAACCAAAGUCAGGUGAUCAAGUUUUCACAACAAAACCAUUUAUUUUUCAUUUCUUUAUUUGAUUUAAUUGUAACAUUGUCAAUAAGUUAAUUAUGAGUGCUUUAGCUGGCCCAUCUUCAUCAUCACCAUCAACUUCAUCAUCUUUGGCUGAUAAAAGACAACAGAGGUUACAAAAAUUGAAAGAACUCAAUAAAAAAAGAGUUGAAGCUAUUCGUCAAAACCACCAAGAAGUUGUCGAAGAGUACAAAAAGGCGCAAUUACCCAAGAAUUGGGCAAAGAAGCAAGAAUUUGUUGAUUAUAAGCUGCAAGAAGAAAUUGAACGAGAGGAAGCCAAAAAGAAAGGCCUAGAUCAUGAUCGACUGAAAAUGUUAAAUAUACAAGCAGAUGAAGCUGAAAAGGCUGAAAGGAGAAGACAAGCCAAGAAGAAUGUUGACCCAGGUUUCUCAGGAUAUGAAGCUGCAACGGCACGACAAUACAAUCGUCAAGUUAAAGAUAUCAAACCUGAUAUGGAAGAAUAUGAAGAAGUUAAAAAGACUCUUGGUGAUAAAGCCUUUUAUCCUAAAUUAGAGGACAUGUUUGAUCCCGCUUUUAAGGACACUAAAGAAGGUAUUGAUCGUAUGGUCGAAGAUUUGGAUAAACAAUUAGAAAAACGAGGCAAAUAUAGUCGAAGAAGGAGAUAUGACGAUGAUGCUGACAUUGAUUUCAUUAAUGAGAGAAACAGGAACUUUAACAAAAAACUCGACAGAUUCUAUGGUCAAUAUACUACCGAAAUUAAGCAAAACUUGGAACGUGGAACUGCUGUUUAAUUGUUUAUUUGUAAAUAUAUGGCAUUUAUUUAUGUGAACAUGUCUUAGAUUAUAAAAUUUGGAUUAUAUACACUUCAUUCUGACAUGAAGGGCGUAUCAAAGGAGAUCUUCUUCAUCGUAUUUUGAUCCAAUAAAGUUUAUUCAAAUUUGA